GAACUCGCUGCUGCCCAUCUGAAGGCGGACGAGGGGAGGCCGGGAGAAGGACAGAGCCCAAAAGAAGGAAAGAGCCCGGAGCGCCGGCCCUGGGACCGCGCCAUGGUGCUGCCGCGGUAGCGCCGGCACCUGCCAUGGGGAACGCAGGGCGCGGCGGCGGCACCUCCCGAUCCCGGCGAGCCGUGCCGCGCCCUCGCCCCGCCCCCGGGCCGCAGAGGAAGCGGGGACGCGGCGGGCCGGGGCGUUGCUGCCCGCGGGGCCCGGCGGCGGAUAAUGGAGUCUCAUAACUCUGACAGCCUUCGCAAGAGUAAAUCACCAGCUUCUGGAAGUGAAGACGAGAUUGAGUUCAUUGGAGAAGGACCUUUAAGGCCUGUCCUUGAAUGCAUUGAUCUCAUCAGCAGUGAGGAUGAAGAACCUAACAGCAGUUCUUAUUUUCGUAGAAAUACUAAACGUAAGGAUCACAUUGACUAUCAGAAGGAACGAGUUGCAUCGACCCUGGAUCGUCUGGCACGCCAUGUUGAAGUAGAGAAACAGCAAAAAGAAGAGAAAAACAAAGCCUUUAAGGAAAAAGUUGAUUCCCAAUAUGCUCAUGGGUUGCAAGAACUAGAAUUUAUUCGGGAACACAGUGAUACAGAAGCUGCAAGGUUAUGUGUAGACCAGUGGUUAAAAAUGCCAGGUCUGAAACCAGGCUCUGUUAAUGGAGGAAGAAGGGAUAUUUUUAAGAGGACCGGUCCGAGUCGAGUCAACAGCAGUCCCAAAUGUUGUCCUGUGAUGCAUUGCAACAGACAGUUUGAUAAUGUACAUCUUCUUCUGGGUCACCUUCAAAGGUUUGAUCAUUCUCCUUGUGACCCAACAGUCACAUUACAUGGACCCCCACAUAAUGCUUUUGCCUGUGUGAUAUGCUGUGAAAAAUUUUCAACCUCUCAGCAGUACAGUGAACAUCUUUUAUCUAAGCUAAAUAAAAAUGAUGGGCAUAAAAAAGGUAUUCCUCCACAGCAUAUUCAGUGUUUUGCAUGCCCAAACUGCUUCCUCCUUUUCACCAAAAGAGAUGAGUGUUGGCAGCAUAUGUCACAGGAGAAACACUUCACCCAGGUUCCUGAACGGAGUGAUGCAACGAAGUCUGGCCAUCCACUACCUUUCCCAUCUUUUGCAAAGAACCUCUUGAUAUCUCUGUGCAAAGAGGUCUCCUUCCAAGUGAAGUGUAUGUCCUGCUUCAAGAUACUGCGCUCACAUAUGGAAUUAACAGCUCAUUUCAGAACACGUUGUUAUAAUUCUGGGCCCAUGGCACUGUCAAAAAAAAGCAUCUCCCAAGUUGCAGAGAUAUUUAAAAUGAAAGGUUACUGUGAGAACUGUGAUGAACUGUUUGCUGAUAAGAAUCAAAUGACCCAACACAAACAAACCACUCAGCAUAACAUUAGAGUUUUUACUACACUGGAAGAGUCAAUCUUGAUGUUCUGCCAUGUCAAUGGAAAACAUAAAAAUCAGUCUCAUUUGGCCUACAUUGUGGAACGGUCAAGACCACUGCUUAAAAGACAUUUGAGUCCAGAUGAGUCCUCCAGUGAAAUGGGGUCUAGCCCUUCAAAACGCAAGAGUAAUUCAGAAGAUAAAAGUGAAGAUAAAGUUGCAAACCAAAGUCAAGGUACUGCUUCCAAAGUAAAAGCCUGGUUUUGUGAAUGCCUUCAAAAGUUUUCUACAGAAGAGUCGGUAGAAAAGCACAUUUUAUCGGCAAAUAGGAUCUGUCACAAGUGUGCUGUGUGUGGAAAGCUGGCUGAAAAUUCAAGCAUUAUCCGCCUGCAUAUGAGUAGAUUCCAUGGAGGAGCACACUUGACUAAUUUUCUUCUCUGGUGCAGAGCAUGCUCUGUAGAUCUUGGAGAAGAGGAUAUUAUGAGACACAUAACUGAAAAUCAUGGUGGGCAUAGUUACUACUAUGAGCAAGAAGCUGUAGAAGAUGAGCCUAUGCCAUCUGCUUCUGAUGCAGUGAACAUUUCUGCAGGUGGAGAUGAAGACUGCAUUUCUGGCCCUGUGGAAGUGUCCCCUAAAAGUGGUCCUGUUGUGGGAAAAUGGCAGUGCCGCAUUUGUGAGGAGAUGUUUGAGUCUGAAGAGAGUGUUCAACAACAUUGCAUGUCCUUAGAAAGCCAUGCAUUUCACAGGUACUCAUGUGGCAUAUGUAGAAAUCAUUUUCGGAAAGUAGGAACUCUACAGCGGCACUUCCAAGAGCAUCAUAAUCAGGAGAUGCAGACUAAAUACUUCUGUGGCCUUUGUGGUAAUCUCUUCUUCAACACAGAGGAAGAAUUUCUAAUCCAUUACAAGGCGCUUCAUAGCAUGGACUAUACAUUUGUGCCUGAGCAGAUGGAACUGUCAAUAAAAAAAGAUGAGGACUUCCUCCCAGUCGAGCAGGGAGACCGCUUAACCUGUGGUUGCCGGACAACUUACAACUCCAAAAUAAACAGGAGGAACGAUCAUGAGAACUGUCAGAAGGCCAUGCUGCAGAAGGGAAACUUAUGGUUUCGAUGCUGCUUGUGUUCUGCAACGGCACAGAAUAUUGCUGAUAUGAACAGCCAUCUCAAGAGUCACAAGUCAGUAAAAUCUAAGGGAGAGAUGUAUGUUGUUAGAUGUGCUGCAUGCAACAAAAACUUUGAUGAUCUUCAAAGCGCGCAUCAGCAUUAUCACAUGAAACACUGCUUCUUGCAGAAACCUGAUCUGUCAAGUCUUGCAUCAGAAUCAGAAGACACAGUAUUCAAGUUUUCAGCAAGUGGGGCUUGUGUGGUCAGAAAACCCCAUAGGCAACGAUUUCAAACAUCUCCAUCCAAAACUCAGGGCAGACCACAGUUUUCUUCUCUGCAGAGUCCAAGAGAGGGAAAGAAAAUAAAAACUGAGGACUUACAACAGCCUGAAGAAUUUAGUGAAAAUGGUGAGCUUCCUGAUCUUGACUAUCUGAGUACCAUGACUCACAUUGUGUUGGUGGAUCUGGACAACUGGGGAAGCUUUUUCACACAGCUGCCAGCUAACCUGAACCAAGGGACGUUUAUCUGGGGUUUUCAAGGAGGAUACAGCAACUGGAAGCCUCCAGUGCAUUGCAAAAUUUACAAUUAUCUUAAGAGGAUUGGAUGUUUCUUUCUUCAUCCGCGUUGCAGUACCAGAAGAGAGGCAGCAGACUUUGCUCUCUGUGUUCAUGCCGGUCGUCUGGAUGAGCACCUGCCCAAGCAAAUUCCUUUCACUGUUCUUUCUGGAGACAAAAGCUUCCUGGAACUGGAAAACCAGUUUAAAAUGACCCAGCGGUCAGCUCGCAUCCUGAAUCCUCACCACAUUGAAGGAGACAUGAUGUGUGCCUUGCUAAACAGCAUUUCAGAUACCACAAAAGGUUCAGAUAGUGAAGAGGAUGAAGAUAUGAAAGAAACACUGAAGCAGAGCUUAGAAGAAACAAACAAACAAGAAGAACUGCAAGAUGCAGAACUGCAAGAUGCAGAACUGCAAGAUGCAGAACUGCAAGAAGCUAUCAAAAGGAGCCUUGAGGAAAUGUAAAUGAAGAUAUUUCAGUACACUAACACCAUGCCAUCAGAACUGCUCACAAAAAAGGAAGCUUGUUCCAUCUAUUUACAAGGGUUCAGAAAUGCCACUUUUGAAAUGUCUUUAAUUGUUAGAUUAAUAAUCUGAUGUCCUCUGUCAUAUUGAUGAACAGCUGGAGUUUAUUCAUAUUCACAGCAAUGUGUUAUGUUUGAUAAAAAGAAAUUUUUAAGCCUUUUCAUAUUUGUUUCUAAGGGGUGAUGACUAAGUCUCUACAAUUUAGCAGUUUGAAAUUGUUGCCUAAUUAGUAGGCUGGUCUUACUAGGUAUUUUGGGGUUCCUGGUUGUUCAGGUUUCUUUUCUUGAAUUGGUUCUUGUAUUUAAUUUUUUUGUCACAAAAUGUCAUUGUCUUUAUUUACUUUUUCGUGUAGUCUUUGCAACAGAUAAAAAUAGUAAACUCCAGUUAUUUCAGAUUUGCCUGGCUAAUCUUGUUAUAAAGAGAAGCUUAGAUCCCAGGGUUGUUGAACACAUGACAUAACUCUUGCCUGUGGCUGGUUUUACUUCAUAGGCCAUAAUUUUGUCUCUGUCCUGUUUGUUUUAAAUGUCUGAAUCAGGACCACAGGCUUUACAGUUAGUUUACCAGCUUUUUUUGUAAAUGUGUUUGCUUUUUUAAAAGUGAUAUUUGGGUUUGAUGGCUUAAAGUUCAAUGACUUCAUUGCCUCUCCCUUACCUGAGGCAGGAACAACCUUUUAAGGGACAGAAUCUAAAUAAACUUCCUAGUUUCUGUUUGGA